AGGUCCGGGACGCGGAGUGCGUGCGCGGCGGCGGCGGGGGCGGGAUGCGCUCCCCGGCCCCCCCGAGCCCCGUGGAGACACAACACAGAAGGUGCGGGGAGCCGGCGGCUGCCGAACGGGAACCGCCGCGCGCCGGGGCCCCGGGCCUCACUUCCGGGAGGGGCGGGAAGUGCGGAGGAAGGGGCGGGGCCUGGGCGCCGCGGCGUCCCUGCUCCGCCCCCGCCCCGCCCCCCGCCCCUCUCGUCUCCGACGCUGGGGGCGUCGCGAGCUGUGACGUCAGGAGGGCGCCUCGGGUCUCCGCCCCCUAUCUGGACCUGGAACCCCCGGAAGGCGGCGUCGGGGGCCCACGCCGAGCGCCUUCUCCCCGCGGCGCCCGCAGUGCUGAGCUCGGCCUGUGUUCCGGCCCCGUGUGGUGCCGACCCUGCUUCCCUCCUCACCGCGUUCUCGCUCCCGGCACCACCGGCUGGACCCCGGAUGCCGGGCGUCUCCGUCCGGGGCCUCUCUUACGAGGAGAGGAGGCAGCUGGCGGUGAACCUCACCCGUGUCCUGUCGCUCUACCGUUCCAUCCUGGACGCCUACAUCAUUGAAUUCUUCACAGACAACCUGUGGGGCACGCUGCCCUGCUCAUGGCAGGAAGCGCUGGAUGGACUGACGCCACCACAGCUGGCUACCCUGCUACUGGAGGUGCCCAGGGAAGGGGAAGUGGUCAGGUACAGGUCGGUGUGGCCACUCACCCUGCUGGCCCUGAAGUCCACAGCCCGUGCGCUGGCCUUUACCCGGAUGCCUGGGUUUCAGACCCCCUCCGAGUUCCUGGAGAACCCCAGCCAGAGCUCCCGACUCACAGCUCCGUUCCGAAAACACGUCAGGCCCAAGAAGCAGCAUGAGAUCCGGAGGCUGGGAGAGUUGGUGAAGAAGCUGAGUGACGUCACGGCCUGCACCCAGGUUGUGGAUGUGGGCUCAGGCCAGGGUCACCUCUCCCGCUUCAUGUCCCUGGGGCUGGGGCUGAAGGUGAAGAGCAUCGAAGGGGACCAGAGACUGGUGGGGCGAGCCCAGCACCUGGACCGGGAGCUGCUACAGACGCUGGAGAAAGGGGACCAGAGGAACCCGCAGGGGGUGCAAGCCAGCCCUCGCCGCUCUCCACACCACGUGGUUCGGUGGGUAGACGCCACGGCCCUGUGUGAGGAGCUUCUGCUCCCACUGGAGACCUCGCCUCGGGGCGGGGCCCGCCUCCUGCUAACAGGCCUCCACGCCUGCGGGGACCUAAGCGUGGCCUUGCUGAGGCACUUCUCCUGCCCGGAGGUGGCGGCCCUGGCCUUGGUGGGCUGCUGCUACAUGAAGCUGAGUGACCCUGGCGGCUACCCACUGAGUCGGUGGGUGGCUGCGCUGCCUGGCUCCCAGCUGUCCUACAGGCUGCGGGAGGGGGCCUGCCACGCCCUGGAGGAGUAUGCGGAGAGGCUGCAGGAUGAGGCCCCCGGCCUCCGCACCCACUGCUACCGAGCAGCACUGGAGACUGCCAUCCGCGGGGCCCGGCCGGAGCUGCGGCGGCCAGGCGUGCAGGGGAUCCCCAGGGCCCACGAGAUCAAGAUUGAACAGUACGUGCGGCGCGGACUGCAGCGCGUGGGGCUGGAUCCCCAGCUGCCCCUGGAUGCGGCUGCCCUCGGAGCCCAGCAGGCCCAGGAGAACCGGGUGGUGGCUUUCUUCAGCCUGACUCUGCUGCUGGCCCCGCUGGUGGAGACACUGAUUCUGCUGGACCGGCUGCUCUACAUCCAGGAGCAGGGCUUCCAUGCUGAGCUCCUACCCAUCUUCAGCCCCGAACUCUCGCCCAGAAACCUGGUUCUGGUGGCCACCAAGCAGCCCCUGGGCCAGGCCUUCUCUCUUCUGGAGACUGAAGACGGCUGAGGCAGGCCGUGAAGGGCCCCGUGGCG